AUGUCUAACUUUGAGCUCGCCAUGUCCUACGCGGCCCUGAUCCUGGCCGACCAGGGCCUGCCGAUCACCGAAGACAAGCUCAUGGCCCUGGCCAAGGCUGCUCAGCUCGAGAUCGAUCCCAUCUGGGCCACGAUCUCUGCCAAGGCCCUGGAGGGCAUAGACAUCAAGGACCAGCUCGUCAAUGUAGGCGCUGGAGGCGGCGCUGCCGCCCCCGCUGCCGGUGGUGCUGCCGCCGCGGGCGGUGACGCCGCUGCUCCCGCCGAGGAGAAGGUCGAGGAGAAGGAAGAGUCCGACGAGGACAUGGGUUUCGGUCUCUUCGACUAA